CAUUCACGUCCAAUAAAUAGGAGGCGAGCCUUUAAUGCUGACAAUAAGCUGCUUCUCACACACACACGCACGCACGCACGCAAGCUGGAUGGUGUGUGGGUGCGUGUGUGUGUGUGUGUGGGAGGUUUAUAGAAGUGUGUGUGUGGGGAGGGGGUGUCUGUGGUUGCACUUUAAACACGGAAUUAUAUUUGAUUCAUCAGGAAUGUCACUGACUUGAGGAAUGAGCUGCUUUUUUGUAGUUUUUGUGCAUUAAAGUGAACAAGAAACUCUGUGUGUGCGCGUGUGUGGGUGUGUGCGCCGGCGCGCGCGUGUGCGCGCGUGUGCGUGUGUGUGUGUGUGUGUGUGAGGAAUACCCAGCUGGUCCCACAAGCCUUAUAAUACGGAGCUCAACAUGCUUGAGCUGCAAUGAAAGCUGAGACGCGGGACGGACUGCAGGCUGCUCCUCAAAUCAUUUUGGAGCCGCUGGGAAACCGAACCGAGCCUGUGGGUGUUUCUGGACCUCUUUGGACCACUUUUUGGAUGUUUUUAUUUUUUUACAUUUUUGGAUCCCCAGUUCUUGGCGGCCCACCUUCCUGUCCCAGUGUCAAAGGUGAUGGUUCCGAACUCCUCCUCAGGUGCGGUUAGAGUCCACUUCUGGGUUCUUCCGGGACGCUUCUAGUCUUUCUCGCUGUCUUUGCUGCUUCGGGCCCGGCAUGGCUCUCCUGGUUCUGCUCUCCGUUUGGACCUGCGCCGCGCGCCUGGGAUUCUGCGCCAUGCUGAGAGCGGAGGUGGAUGUUACGCACGCCGGGGGGAGGAGGCAGCUGGACCCGGGGGACCGGGAUCGGCUGGCCCAGGACACUGUGACGGAGCACAUGCACAUGCUCUACGACAAGUACAACACGGCCGGCUUCGCCUUCAAGGACGGGAACACCGUGCGCAGCUUCAAGGCGCACUGGGGUGUCAUCAACAAGAAGCAGCUGCAGAUCUUCAACCUGACCUCGCUCACCAAGUCGGAGGACGUGCUGUCGGCCACGUUACACUACUACAUCGGGGACCUCCAGAACAUCAGCCAGACCUGUUCCAGGUCCCAAGGAUGCGCCCGCCACGGCCCCCGCCGGCACAGCCACGUGCACGUGGUCAUCUGGAGCUUUGCCCCCGAGGGGGACAGGAUGAGGACUCUGGGCCAGUUCCGCAUCAAUGCGUCCACGCACUACAGGGACUUCAUCUCCUGGCAGUGGAAGGACGUGACUCGCGUGGUCAACCAGGCCAAGCAGCACCACCAGCUCCUCAUCGGCAUCGAGGUGGCCUCGAGGGGGUCCCGACCCUGGAAGGAGCUCCUGGCGGACCGCUCACCCUACAUCCUGGUCUACGCCAACGACUCGGCCAUCUCUGAGCCAGAGAGCGUGGUUGCCGCCCUCAGGAGGCAGCCCCCGUCUGGAGACGAGGGCUCCGUUUUGAACAAAGUGGGCCUCAGGGGGCGAAAUGGCACCGAUCAACAACAACAGCAACAAAAACAGCAACAACGGUCCAGACACAAGCGCUCCGUGAACGUUCUGCUCCCUCUGCAGAACAACGAGCUGCCGGGACCCGAGUACCCGUACGAGACCGCCGGCUGGGACGAGACCAGCCCGUACGAGCCUUUGGAAAGCAAGCAGGCCCGGCGGCCUCGCAAAAAGACCCGCAAGAACCAGCGGCACAAGAUGCCCCUGCUGCAGUUUGACGAGCACACCAUCAAGAAGGCCCGGAAGAAGCAGUGGAACCAGCCCAGGAACUGCGCACGCCGUUACCUGAAGGUGGACUUUGCCGACAUCGGCUGGAGCGAGUGGAUUAUAUCACCAAAGUCUUUUGACGCCUUCUACUGCUCGGGGUCCUGCCAGUUCCCCAUGGCCAAGGCUCUAAAGCCGUCAAACCACGCAACCAUCCAGAGCAUCGUGCGGGCGGUGGGCGUGGUCCCGGGCAUCCCGGAGCCGUGCUGCGUCCCGGAGAAGAUGUCGUCGCUCAGCAUCCUCUUCUUCGACGAGGACAAGAACGUGGUCCUGAAGGUCUACCCCAACAUGACGGUGGACUCGUGCGCGUGCCGAUAGUUCUCUUUGUACACCGCCGCCGCCCCCACACAUUCCCCACCCUCCUGCCUCCUGUCGCCAUGGAAACUCUGGCAGGAAGGAGCGGGUCAAAUCUGGGGGCGGGGCUGCGAUGGAACAUCACAACUUCGCUGGUUGUGAAGCACGAGGAGGAACGCUGAAGGAAAGACUUUUGGAUGAACGCUGAUGUUGCUUCAGUUUGAACUGACGCCUCAAGGGGGCGUGCUCCUCCUCCACAGCUACGCCACCUCUUCCUCUUCUGCUUAAGUCCCAACCAACAAUCAUGGAUUCCAAAGCUAAACAAAAUGUCGGAACACAAAACACGACACGAAACGUUGCAACAUGAAAUGUUGUAACAUGAAAUGCCAUAACAUGAAACAAAAAAAUGUCAUAACUGUCGAAUGUCGAAACUAAAAGUUCAGAACACAAAACGGAACGUCGAGUGUCGUAACACAAAACGCAGAAACACAAAAUGUCAUAAUAGGGAACAUUGGAACCAAAAGGUCCGAACAGGAAACCGAACCUGAAAAGUUGUAACUCGGAACGCUGUAACAUGAAACGCCAUAACAUAAAACCCUGUAACACAAAAUGUCAUCACACAAAACACCGGAAGUUAAUGGUUGUAACACGAAAGACAACACGAAACGUUGUAACAGAGUGUCGUGACACGAAACACCAAAACACAAAAUGUCAUAACACAAAACACCGUAACUACAAGGUCGGAACACAAAACAGAACACGAAAUGUUGUAACAUCAGGUGUCGUAACACGAACCGCCCAAACACAAAAUGUCGUAAUACGGGACAUUGGAACGAAAAGGUCAGAAUCCAAAAUGUUGUAAGACAGAGCAUCGCAACAUGAAACGUUGUAGCAUGAAAUGCCACAGCAUGAAACCCCGUAACACAAAAUGGCAAAUCAAAGGUCGGAAGACGUAAUGUUGUAACACAAGUGUCAUAACACAAAACGCCACAACACAAAAUGAAGUAAUAUGAAACAUUGGAACUAAAAUGUCAGAACACAAAACAGAACCCAAAAUAUUGUAACACCAAGCGUCAUAACACAAAACGUUGUAAUAUGAAAUGUCACAACGUGAAGCCCCGUAACACAAAAUGCCAUAACACAAAAGAUCGGAGGUUAAUGGACGGAACACAAAAGUAAAACACGAAACGUUGUAACGCAGAGUGUCGUUACA